AUGUAUAUACAUAGCGCGUUGCUAUCGGCAUUUGCCGCGCCAAUCUUGCUCUUGCUGAGAGACUGCACCCAAGCAGGCGCUAAUGCUCUCGAAGCCGGUCGAACAAGCGUGAGCGAGUCGACGCCCGACUACAGACGUAUGUAUCUUGAUAGCCCAUCAGCUUUGGACCCGACUUCGUCCGUUACGAAGUUGCGGGUCUCUGAGAUGGACACGGCCAUGCGCGACAGCGAGGGUCGGAUAGAGAACGAGCUCGCAGGGCUGGUGGACUUUGUUGUUCAUGAAUUGAUGGACGUUGCGAAAAAUACUGAGCGCUUCGGCCUAAAGGAGAAACUUGCGGAAACCGUGACCCGGCCUAUUUUGACAGCUAUCGACGUUCGCGCUGUCCAACGUACCAAGGAAUUUCGGGAGUUUGCAAGAGGCGAGAAACCAAUGGACGCGCAGGCACUCGCAGAUUUGCUGAAACGCAACAACCUUCGACUAUCGAAACUUACGCCUGAACAAGCUGACAAGGUAAUCGACGCUCUUUUGUUUUUUCGAAAGCCGGCAGAGGUGGUGAAGGUGCUCCUGUCGCUCCGUCGGAUCGGCGGCAUGACACCCCGUGCGGACAUGCUGCAUCGACGACUAGCUGUGUACUACAAGAACUUCCCAGGACUAAUGUCUGGCGCAUGGAUGAGGUCAGGAAUCGAUCCCAAAAGGCUUGUCGAGAUCCUCGGAUGGCGUUCGGGUCGUCCGGUUGGAGAUGAGAUGUUACCUGUUGUAUCCGAGUUGUUCCGGUACGUUGGUGAAUUUGGACGAGCGCACCCGAAAGCAGUCGACAAUGAAGGUAUGUUCCGCGUCAUGUUCCCGCGUCAUUCUUCGGCUGGAAUUGAUGCCUCGAUCCGAGUAAUGUCGGAAACCAUUGGCUAUAAAGCGAUCGCCAAUAAGCUGCGAGAACUUUACUCAGACGUAAAAACAGUCGCCUCUGCGAAGCAUGUGGACACCGUCGCGAUUUCAAGUCGAGAAGAGAUAAUCCGUUCGACGGACUUCCGCUUACAAAGGUUUGUGAGAUUCGCCAUAAGCGAAAAGCCCAUGGACCCGGCGGUUUUCAGAGCCAUGCUGAAGGACAAUUUUGACGAUUGGAUACCGACACAUAUGUACGUCGAACCUGCGGAUAUAUUAUCGAUAUUGGUCAAGUAUAGGCCCGCAGCGGAUGUGGCGCAACUACUGGUGUCGUUUCCUUUGACGAGGAGUCAAAAAGAGAGGAUCAUUCAGCUGCACAAACUGCUUGUGGAGCUAAAGCCAACUCCGGGAUUGAUGAGCCACGUGUGGAUGGAGUCGGGACUGCACCCUAUGGUUCUCUUCAGGCAUUUAAUCGUGGACUGGUACACGCCGGUCGAUCCCGUAUACCUUCGAUGUGUAGCUGAAUGGUUCAGGUACAUAAGGAUGUUUGGUGAAAAGCACCCAGAUGCAUUCAGCACACAUGAUGCGGCGAUCCUUUUGUUUCAUAACAAACCACCGGAAAACGUGGAACUCGGUAUCCGAAUGGUCGAGGAGUAUUACCAUGACAAACCGCUCGCCCAGAUGCUGCGUCAGAUGCACCAGGGUGUUGUCAGGGAAGAACUUGCCAAGGCUUCGAACGCGCUUCAUGCGAAGGCGAUACGGGACAGCCCAAGCAAGCCAAGUGUGCGGAUGUAG